GGCGGGGCCUCGCUGUUGGCGGUGGCGGCGGCUGGAGCGGUGGCCGCAGUGGCAGGAGCUGGGCGGCCGGACCGGAGGCGGCCGCUGCAGCCCGGAGCCCCAUGGUGCGGGGCCGCGGCGAGGCCGCAGGAAGAGCCCGAGGCCCGGGCCGCCCCGGCUGACCGUGCGGGCCCGCCAUGGGGUCCCUGUUCCGCAGCGAGACCAUGUGCCUGGCGCAGCUCUUCCUCCAGUCCGGCACGGCCUACGAGUGCCUCAGCGCGCUGGGCGAGAAGGGCCUGGUCCAGUUCCGAGACCUCAACCAGAAUGUAAGUUCUUUCCAAAGAAAAUUUGUUGGUGAGGUGAAGAGGUGUGAAGAACUAGAACGGAUAUUGGCAUUUUUAGUACAAGAAAUCAAUAAAGCUGAUAUCCCCCUUCCUGAGGGAGAGACCAGUCCUCCAGCUCCACCUCUUAAACAAAUUUUAGAAAUGCAGGAACAGUUGCAGAAACUCGAGGUUGAACUGAGAGAAGUCACUAAGAACAAGGAGAAACUGAGGAAAAACUUGCUGGAACUGAUUGAGUACACGCAUAUGCUGAGAGUGACAAAAACCUUCGUUAAACGCAAUGUCGAGUUUGAACCCACUUAUGAAGAAUUCCCUCCCUUAGAGAAUGAAACGUUGUUGGACUACAGCUGUAUGCAGAGGCUGGGAGCGAAACUGGGAUUUGUGUCUGGCCUAAUUAACCAAGGAAAAGUUGAAGCAUUUGAAAAAAUGUUGUGGAGGGUCUGCAAAGGGUACACUAUUGUGACCUACGCAGAACUGGACGAAUCCCUUGAAGAUCCUGAAACAGGUGAAGUCAUAAAAUGGUAUGUGUUUUUAAUAUCCUUUUGGGGAGAACAGAUUGGCCACAAGGUGAAGAAGAUAUGUGAUUGUUACCACUGCCACGUUUACCCCUAUCCAAACAGUGCUGAGGAGCGAAGAGAGAUUCAGGAGGGGCUCAAUACCCGCAUCCAAGAUCUUUAUACUGUGCUUCACAAAACCGAGGAUUAUUUAAGGCAAGUUCUGUGUAAAGCGGCAGAGUCUGUCUACAGCCGUGUUAUCCAGGUGAAGAAGAUGAAAGCCAUUUACCACAUGCUGAACAUGUGCAGCUUUGACGUGACUAACAAGUGCCUCAUCGCCGAGGUCUGGUGUCCUGAGGCAGAACUGCACCAGCUGCGCCUGGCGCUCGAGGACGGCUCGAGAGAAAGUGGUGCUACAAUCCCCUCAUUUAUGAACACAAUCCCAACGAAAGAGAUACCCCCAACCCUAAUCCGCACCAACAAGUUCACCGAGGGGUUCCAGAACAUUGUGGAUGCCUACGGAGUGGGGAGCUACAGAGAAGUGAAUCCAGCUCUCUUCACGAUCAUCACCUUCCCCUUUUUAUUUGCUGUGAUGUUUGGAGACUUUGGACAUGGCUUUGUGAUGUUCUUAUUUGCCCUCUUGUUGGUGUUAAAUGAAAAUCAUCCCAGACUAAAUCAGUCUCAAGAGAUUAUGAGAAUGUUUUUUAACGGUCGCUACAUCCUCUUGCUGAUGGGCUUGUUCUCAGUGUACACCGGCCUCAUCUACAACGACUGUUUCUCGAAGUCAGUCAACCUGUUUGGCUCUGGGUGGAAUGUGUCCGCCAUGUACAGCUUGAGUCACGCUCCGGAGAAGUCUAAGAAACUGUUUCUUUGGAAUGACAGCGUGGUGAGGCACAGCAAGGCUCUGCAGCUGGACCCGGGCGUUCCUGGUGUGUUCCAAGGCCCUUACCCCUUUGGCAUCGAUCCCAUUUGGAACUUGGCCACAAAUCGCCUCACUUUUCUAAACUCUUUCAAAAUGAAAAUGUCUGUGAUUUUAGGAAUUAUUCACAUGACUUUUGGAGUCAUUCUGGGAAUAUUUAACCAUAUGCAUUUCAGGAAGAAGUUCAAUAUUUAUUUGGUUUCUAUCCCAGAACUUCUCUUCAUGCUCUGCAUCUUUGGAUACCUUAUAUUUAUGAUUGUCUAUAAGUGGCUGGUGUAUUCAGCAGAAACCUCCAGAGUUGCUCCUAGCAUUCUGAUUGAAUUUAUUAACAUGUUUUUAUUCCCAGCUAGUGAAACAAGUGGUCUUUAUCCAGGGCAGGAGCAUGUCCAGAGGCUGUUGUUAGUUGUCACAGCAUUGUCUGUUCCAGUUCUCUUCCUGGGAAAACCACUCUUUUUGUUAUGGCUGCACAAUGGGCGGAGCUGCUUUGGAGUGAGCAGAAGUGGUUAUACACUUGUAAGGAAAGAUAGCGAGGAAGAAGUUUCUUUGCUGGGAAGCCAAGAUAUAGAAGGGGGACAUAACCAAAUGGAAGACGGAUGUAGAGAAGUGACAAGUGAGGAGUUUAAUUUUGGAGAAAUAUUAAUGACCCAAGUAAUACAUUCCAUCGAAUAUUGUCUUGGAUGCAUCUCCAACACUGCUUCAUACCUGAGGCUCUGGGCGCUCAGUUUGGCUCAUGCACAGUUAUCGGACGUCCUCUGGGCCAUGCUGAUGCGUGUGGGCCUUCGCGUCGACACCACGUUCGGCGUCCUGCUGCUGCUCCCUGUCAUUGCUCUUUUUGUUGUUUUAACAAUUUUCAUCCUUUUGAUCAUGGAAGGACUUUCUGCAUUUCUUCACGCCAUUCGCCUCCAUUGGGUAGAAUUUCAGAACAAAUUCUACAUUGGUGCAGGCACCAAAUUUGUUCCUUUCUCAUUUCAUCUGCUUUCAUCGAAGUUUCAUAACAAUGACAUGGCAUGAUUGUCUUGCUGAAACCAACAAGCUUUCAGAUUUAUGGAGAAUUAUCAUGUUACAGAAUUUCACUUAUAUCAAACUUAUGAUAGGAAAAUUUCCCUCUUCAUUGAUUGCCUUAUAAUAUAGCCAAAUAAUUCUGUAAUAUAUACCUCUUCCUCAUAUGUUAAAUAUUUUGUAAAGUCUACCAAGUUCAGAAAUAUAAAUUUAUUUUGGUUGUUUUUUGAUGAGCAAAUAUCAGUUAAUGCCAAAUGUUACGUUAAAGUUAUUUUUAAAAAUUUAGAAUUGGGGGAGAGGAGCCAAUUUUGAAUGGCUAAUUGAAAUUGGUCUUAAAAUACUUGAAUUCCUUUUCACCUUAUUAAAAAAAAAAGUUAUUCUGUCACUAAAGUUGUCAGAUAAUAUUUUCCAACAGCAGAAGUUUUUUUUUUUAAAUUUUUUUAAAAUUUUUUUUUAAAAUUUAAUGAUGGAAAAUCAAAAGAUUCACAUUUAUUCUGCUUGAUUAAAAAUAUGCAAACAUUUUUUAUCAUAUGCUAUCUAGAAUUACAAAUAGACGAUUGUUUCUACAAUUUUGUCUGUUUUAAUAAUUGGGAAAAUGGGAUAAAAUAACAUGUAAGAAAUGGUUAUGCCACUUGUAUAUAUAUAUUUUAAAGACUCUUACCUUUACUUAAACCAAUUCUGAUAAUUAUCUGUUUUGAAAGAUAAACUGUAAGACCAAGCCUUAAAACCCAGUGUGACUGUAGAAGAUACAUUAUGGAUAUGAAUUGAACUUAAUGACUGGUUUGGCUGAUGUUACUGAACCAAAAGGGUUUAUAUUGAGUGAGGAAAGGUAAAAAGUAGUAAUUUUGUGUAUUCUUAUAACAAAAUAUAAAUUAAGAUAUUUUACCAUGAAGAGAUUGUUUCUUUCCCUGAGAACAGUAUAAUGAUCGUUUUUACUUUCUAAUGCUAAAUAAAGGUCUGAUUAUUGUAUUUAGAGUUAACCUUUCAAACACGAUUUAGACCAAUUGAAAAUUCUUAUUGUCACUAAUCUACAAUCAUCAGCUUAUAUUAAUCUAUUUAUUUGACAGUUGGUUUUGAAUGCAUUUGAGUCCUAUUGAUCUACUCUGUAUACUUGGAAAUUAUGUUCCUUUUUCAUAUUCUAUUUUGUAGAUAAUUAUUUUCAUAACAAAAUCUAAAGUAUGUUCACUUUUUAAAAAUUUUGAGAAGCACCCAUACAGUUCUUAACUUUAAAAGGCCCAUUGUCACCACACUCCUUCACCCUGUUUGUUGUUAGAGUUCAAGGCUUUCAUUACAAGUCCAAAUAAUGGUAGCAUUGAAUGAAUGUCUUUGCAGGUAAUUCCAAAGCUUGUUUGCUGAGAGGCAUGAACUGAACAUCACAUGUCAUAGCUGUGACUCUGAAAUUAAACUUUUUGUUACAGGAAAGAUUCUUUUUUGCUGCUUAAUGGUAUGUUCCAUAAAGCCACUUUAGAGUUACUGCUUUUUGUCCCUCAUAUUUAAAUAUCAAACAAAAUGAUGCUGCUGAAACUCUUGAAAAUGAUUCUACCAUCAAAGUUAAGUUUCCCCAGAAAGGUAUAUAAUGUUGAACACUCUGUUGGGUGAAUACCAAAUCCAAAUAAUGCUGUCCAGCCUUCAAACUCGCAUUUCAAGCUGUAACCGAUAUCCCCUAAAAGUUGUCAUUUUCAUUGCUUUACUCCAAAGAUCUAUUGUAAUAACGAUGGUCACGAAUUCAUCCUUUGGAAACCCAAGACUACAGGGCAUAUUAACUGAUUAGGAAACAAAGGGCACACAGUAUUGGGUGGAAUUCUUUAUUGCCUUCCCUACUAGUAAUUGUCACCAGGGCCAUCUUUUAAUUCUAAUUAACAUCUCGGUGGGGUAUAGAACAGAGAAUGACAAGUCACUUUUCAAGCAAAACCACCAUGUAAUAGUUAUAUAGAAUGUAAUUAUAUAAACUGAAUUAAUAAUCCUAACUUCUAUGAGAGAACUCUCUGGAAAUAUAGUUUGAUAGUGUCUUUUAGGCAUCAGGGGUAAUUUUUAUUUCUUUAUAAAGUGUUGGUUUCAGUGUCAUAUUACUCAUGGAGGGGUUGCUCUGUUUUGUUUUUGUUUUUAAGCUAUUUGGUAGAACUAUUAUGUAUACAAUUCUAAGACAUGCUUUGUUUCCUUGAUAGCAAAUAUCCCGGGGGAAAAUGGUCAGUUAUCUGGAUGAUGCUAAAUAUCUGUUUAUUUUCCUAAAGAUAAAUGUCAUGAUGGCCACAUUUUUCAUUUUCAUUCAGAUGUUUACUGCCAUGUGUUAAUGGAGAUCUAAAAUAAAAACCCAAAGGAUUUCUUCCAUAAAAUAAAAUUUGAUUUUCAUCUGCAAGGAUGGAGAAUUAAAAAGUGGCCCCAUGACCAAGGGUGUUCUGAUAGGAAUCACGGUAAACUUUGUGGACUCUCCAUUGUUGACAGGACUUUGAGAAGAUACAGCUUUCACUGAAUGCUGCUCUGUCCUCAUUUCUGGUAUGGAUAUUAUAUGACAAUACUUUGGUCUCAUUUUCAAUUUGUAGAAGUUGAAGGCACAGAGUACCUAUAGCAUAGGUAAAUACGAUAUUUACAUUUUAAAUAUUCAGGCAUUUUAAGGCCUGAUUCAUUUUGGAAAACCAAACGGUAAUUUCUACAACUGUUCUGCAGUCUGUUGUUAAAAACAAUAAAUUUCUCUAUUAAAAAAUGUUUAAAGGCACGUUUGUUUGCAUGCCAUAUGGUAUCUUUCCCCCAAGGCUAUUAAGAUAUAAGGCAGUUGGGAAUAAUAGAGUUUUCCUACAGUCAUUCCAUUGAUGCUGAACUUUGGUUUAGAAUUUUAAGAAGUAGAACAUUCCACUUGAUCCUUGAUGGGAAAAUCCAGCAUGAAAACAGUUGUCCAAAGGCCCAGUUUAGUAAUCCUUGGGCUCCAGUAGCAGGGAGGGGAUGAGAGUGGACAAGUUAAUCUUUGGCUUUACGAGUGCAUGAAAGGACAAAUUUGUGUCUUCCUCUCAGUAUGGAACUUUCUUUUACUAAAGAGAAAUAAAUCUAUAUAUUUUUAAAA